AUGGAAGCAUGUGAAGAGAAGAAAUCACAACCGAUCAAUGGCGAUCAGAUGUCUCCGUUUGUCCAAAUGCAAGCAAUGGAGACUUUCCAAAGCGCAACUAGAACGUUCAGCCACUGCUGGUUCAGUGGGGCUCCAGAAGUCGAUGCAUACCCCUUUCAGGUCUGGCGAGGGAUGCUCCUCGUUGCCUUCGAGCGUCUGAGCAUGGGACGGACAGAGGUGUUUUUCGUUUCCGGCGAAAAUGUUUCUGCUGCUGCUGAAGCACAAUCUGUUCAGCUCCGUUCAGCUGCAACAUUCUCUGUUCCGAGUUACGAACAGGGUCCCGGUCUCGAUGCGAAGAUGCUGCCGUCAUUUUACAGGAUUGGCGCCACAAGUACCUUUUCAUCGCCGAUAGCUGCCCUGAAGGAUGUGCAGAGCUUGAGCUGUGGUUCUUCCGAGUAUCAAAUUGAGGAGCGAGAUGCCUUGGCGGACAUUCCGAAGCAAUCUCUGAACCAUGAGGCUUCUUUCCCUUUCGACCGAGUGCGACCUCAGGAUGUCUGGAGUUCGUUCUCCGACUCGUUGACGGCAGACACACCGCCGCCAGAAACCUACUUCAGCAGCCCUCCGCCAACACCAUCCAUCCCAGUCGAUGGCAAUGAACCAGCACUGGUGGCUGUGAUGGGUGUUGGAUAUGUUGGCAUCCAACUCGUCACAGCCUUUGCGGAACACUACAGGGUCAUCGCAUAUGACAUCUCUGAAAAGAGGAUCAACACUGUUGCUCAGACGCUGAGGGAUUUUCCAUCCGUCCAUUGUACCACCGAUCCAGCCCAGCUAGCUGAUGCGAGCCACUUCCUGAUUGCUGUCCCAACAAUCCUUCACCCAGACAAACGAAUCGACACAUCUCAUCUACGAACUGCAGUCUACACUGUGGGACUCUAUGCCCGACCCAAAGCUACCAUUGUCAUUGAAUCCUCAGUUGCGGUCGGCAUGACACGCCGACUCCUCACGGAUCUUAUGGUCGCCCGGGGUCUACGAGGCGGUAUGUCACCCGAGCGCGUGGAUCCGGGUCGUGCUAUUCCCCGUUUCACAGACAUCCCCAAAAUUCUUUCCGGCCUCGACGACAUAAGCUGCGGCUCCCUUGACAGCAUUAUACGUCUCUACUCCAAAGUCUUCGCCUCUGUCGUCCCGGUAUCGAGCCCUGAAGUUGCAGAAAUGACCAAACUGUACGAGAACUGCCAACGUAUGGUCUGUAUCGCUUAUGCGAACGAAAUGGCGGAUGCCUGCACUGCGCAUGGUAUCAACCCUUACGAGGUCUGCAACGCGGCGGCUACCAAGCCAUUUGGGUACUUGCCGUACACGCCGGGACUGGGCGUCGGCGGCCAUUGCAUCCCUGUCAAUCCAUACUACCUGUUGAGCAACGGCGCCUUUCCUGUCCUACAACUUGCCACAGAGCGUAUGUGGUCUCGUCCCUCCCGGUUGUGCGACGAGUUCAUGGAAACUUUCCUCAAGUCCAAGACCGAGGGAGAAUUCUCGAAGGUUGCCCCUCGCAUCCUCGUCGUAGGUGUGGGCUUCAAGCGUGGGCAAUCUGGCAUUUCGCACUCCCCAGCCGUCUCGCUAAUCCAGCGUCUCCUGGAUCAAUGGGAAGCACAUGUAACCUUCGUUGAUCCUUUGGUCAAGGAACAGGAUCUGCCUUAUGUGCCACGGCUCGAUGAGAAUACAGAAUGGAAUAAGGAAAUGCUGGAAAGGUUUGACAUAAUCGUUGUCGCAUUGAAGCAGGUGUCUUUGGACUUUGGAGUGUUGGAAGAGCUCGAGGGAGGGGUACAGGUGGUAAAUUAUUGUCCAUGA